UUGCCCUUCAGUACCGUGAAUUCACUAAUCCUUUAUUUAUUUCUAUUAACUUGUUACAAAAUGGUGAAAGCCUGGUAUAUGGACGAUGAUAAGAACGAUCAGCGCGCGGAACAUCACAGGAACCCGCCUCAGUUUGUAUCUCUCGAUGAAUUGUAUAAGAAAACUGGUGUUGAAUACUUUAACCUAAAUGUCGAUACCCAUGAGACUGAUGGAGUCCUGGAUAAGAUAAAGAAGGACCGCGGUUACACCUACGAGGACAGGAUGGAGGCAUCCAAGGCAACUCUACCCAACUAUGAAGAAAAACUGGUUGCCUUCUACACUGAGCACUUGCAUACUGAUGAAGAGAUAAGGUUUGUGCUGGACGGCUCCGGGUACUUUGACGUGCGUGACCGUGACGACCAGUGGAUCCGCAUCGAAGUCACCCCGGGGGACAUGCUGGUGCUCCCCAGUGGUAUCUACCACCGCUUCACUCUUGACUUCAAUAACUACAUAAAAGUGAAGAGGUUCUUCAUCGGCGAGCCUGUGUGGGCGGCGCAUAACCGCCCCUCCGACCACAUGGGCGCGCGCAAGGAAUACGUCGAGAAGCUUACCAAGGGAUUCGUGGCCGCUUGCUAACAACGUUUCACAUUCCAAGACAAUACUUCCGUAAGACACAGACAUAGUAAAUAUAGUUUGGCAAGCAGGUCUCUAUUGUUUCCCAAACACUUUAAGUCGUAAUGUAUUGGUUACCCACAUUUUUGUUAGUCAUAAUUUAUUUGGUUCGGAAACGCGUCAAUUUUCAGGAUUGCCAUAAAACAAACCUAACCUAACCUAUCUAUGGGAUAACCUUACGAAAAUCCUGAAAAGUUAACGGUUUCAGUUUUAUGACUAACGAUGAUAUGACAAAAAAUACAUUAUGACGUUUAUGACUUAUUACUUUAUGGGAAACAAAGGUACCCCUUGGCAAGCCAUUUCCGUCAGUUUCUACUGAAAGGCGGAAAAUUUAAAAGAGUAGGCGCGAAGGGUUACCCUCCGACCGAAAAGCUAACUGAUCGUACCAAAACCCAUUUAACCAACACUUUUGGUGAAAUGCCCCCUUUUGAAGAAAAAUCCACUCUUCAGAAAUCUUCUACACGUUUGGUCGGCUAACGUUCCAUAACUCACCAACGCAGCGGCAGCUGACGUCGACCAAUUCUGAGAUAUUGCUUAGCCAUAACUUAGGAGCAGAUUUAUUUGCAAUGUUUAAUUUAAGGUUAUAUUCUUAUAUUAAGUUUUAUUUGAAUCCAUCACGGCCCUAAAAUGUGAUCGAUAUUGCCUUACUUUUUGUAUAAAAAAUACUUUAAAAGCUAUGAUAACAUAUCAUAUUAUUUAGAUAUUAAGACAAAGGAAAACUAUGAAACACACUUGAUAAAACAGAAUUUGCUCAACAUCAUUGUUGAGUUUUAGAUAUAAACAAAUAUAUGUAAUAUUGUUACUCUAUUUUAUAUGAAUUUAUAUUAAUAAAUAUAUUGCAUGUUA